AUGCACGCGCCGGACGAUUAUCUGGGAAAAUCGCAUCAAUACAUGCGUGCCAAAGAAACCGAAGCUGGCAACACGGAUCCAUUCAUCGUCGUUGAUGAAGAAGCCAAGAGCAGACGCGCAGUCUGGUACAUUGAUCAGUUCGCCGUGGAAGACCAGGUCAAAGAUGGCACUGCUGAGAGCACGGAUGUUGUUAUGAAGAUCCUCAUCCAGACUGAGGGUUUGGGUAUCAACCAUAUAAACUACGCCCUUGCCAAGUUGAGCAUUGAGGAAGGCCUUGAUAAUUGCUCGGUGGAAUUACCCCUCACCAAUGACUUUUAUCAGCCCGACCCGCAAGAUUGCGGUGGCCCAGACUUGCAAGAUGUCUGGGUCAUUGCUGAGCCGAGAGAAUUCGAAGAGAGCACCGAUCCAAAGCUGUUGAAUGAUUUCUCCCCUCGUCCGGAUAAGGUGGUUAGGCUGAAAGAGGAUGCUGCUGAGUCUGCUUGGCUGGUCAGCUCUUGGACGAUUCCAGGUGAUGUACAUCCUAUCGACUUGGCGCAAAAAGAGUUUCCCGAGGGAAGCGUUGUUUUACAGCAGAAGUAUAAGCCUGGCUUUCCAUGGCCAGCAGACUCACUCUAG